AUGAAGCGAAAGAUCUCCGAUGAUCACGCGGAAGGGAAUAUAAUGGGAGAAUUGAGUUUGCAAAGAAGUGAGAUAGAAAAAAAGAAGAGAAAGAAGAAGAAGAAGCAAGAGGAAAGUAAAGAUGAUAUUGUGGACAGAGAUGAAAUGGACGAAUUUCAACAAGCCACCAAACCGACUUUUAUCGAUAAAUACAGAGUUGAUCUAGGUCAUGGAGCUGAUGUGUUUUAUCAGCCCAAUUUCAUCGAUCGUGAUGUCGCUCAAGAGUGGUACGAUUCCCUUCUCGAGUUAGACACAUGGUAUCAACCCAUGCUUAAACUCUACGGUCGGACUUUCCCCCAAUCUAGACAAAUAGCAGCCUACUCUAUCUAUCCUAAUACCUCUCUAUCAUAUUCCGGAACGAACAUCACUAUGCAUCAUCCCUUCCCUCCCAUUCUCGAAACUAUGCGUCAACGUCUGGAACAAGAACUCGGGGUCAAGUUCAAUCAUUAUAAUUUGAACAAUUUGGUCAUUGCCAGUAUCAGUCUUGGAGUUGAGAGAACGUUCGUGAUGAGUCCUCGGAUACCCAGUCGAAGGAAGGGUGUGAUCGAAGAGGAUGAGGGGUUGUUGGGGGGGAGAAAAAGUAUGAAGUGGAAACUUGGGAAUGGAAGUUUGGUCAUUAUGCAAGCUCGGACUCAGGAGUUUUGGAAGGUAACUGUCCCUCAAAUUUGGUCACGAGAUACCUAA